ACUGUUGACCAAUAAAGUCUGAACUCGUGAUGACGUGGCGUGAAAUCGAGAGACCCACGUGUCAUCGGCGUGCCGUUAUCCUCUUUCCACUUCCGGUCUCCGUUCCCACCUGAGUAAACCAUACUGGUCGUGAAAUGACGAUUCUCGCCGGGUUGAUACGCCGGCGUUUUAGUAGAUUAGUUCCGGUUCAACUGAAUUACGGUUUCGAACCGUCGCGAAUUCUCUUUAACCCGAGUCAAGGAAGAACUCGGUUGCUGAGCGGCGAGGCUGAGUCCAAUCGGAACGAGUUUCCGGUGGAGAACGCUUACGAUAUCUUGAAUGUCUCCGAAACCAGCUCAAUCGCAGAGAUCAAAGCAUCAUUUCGCAGACUCGCCAAGGAGACUCAUCCUGAUCUGAUCGAAUCCAAGAAAGAUCCAUCAAAUUCGAGACGAUUCGUUCAGAUUCUCGCUGCUUAUGAGAUUCUAUCAGAUUCUGAAAAGAGAGCACACUAUGAUAGAUAUUUGCUAUCUCGGAGAAUGGUAAUGAAGAAGCACUCGGGACAAGGUUAUAUGAUUCACAGGUAUAAAACAGGAUUGACAUUGAGUCAAGAGAUGGAAGUAGUUGAAUGGUUAAAGUGGUAUAGAGAAGCAAUACAUGAUAUAGUAUUGGAGAAGAGAGUAGCAAAUGGUACUGGUUACUUAGAUGAACUUGAAGAAGAUUUUUAUUCAGCUAUACGAGCGGCCUACUUUGGGCCUGAUGUUGAAUCUGUUGAGCUUCUUCCUGAUUGUUUUGAAGCUGAGGAAAGGUCUGUGUAUGAUACACGAGAGGUUUUGCAUUUGGUAUCAGGACGGGAUCUUUUUGGUAUGGUUUCCUUGGUUGAUAACUUCCUUGAGCUUUCUUCUGCUUGCUCAAAGAAAUUGGCUUUGUCGUCGUUUAUGGAUUCGGACCUUGGUCAAGCAGUUGAGAAAGGCAACAAUGACAUGAUGUCUGCUGAAAGGAUUGGUCUUCAGAUAUCUCAUAUACAAUCUUCAAGAAGUAAAAACCAUGUUUCUGAUGCGUAUAAAGAUAUUCAGCUGCAUGUAUCUGGAAGAGUUGUUGCUACAGCCAUUAGGGUUCCCCCAAAAGGGUAUCAUGAAAAGAAACAAAUUGAGGGUGAUCACGAUCUUAUACACGUUUUCCUCAAUUCAGAUGAAGGAUCUAAUCAUGGCACUGAAUCGCCUCCGGGAAAUGAAAGUGGUGCCAGACUUCUUGUUGGAACUAUAAGUGGUCUUGGGACAAUCCCAGAUGAAGGUUCAUGUUAUGUCUAUGAUGGGAAUGGUGCUAAGACUCAUGUGAUAAUGAAACAUAGGACAUUUCUGGUGAGACAUUUGCACUGGUACAAAAUUGGGGAAAAGGUUUCCAUUUGUGAAUGUAGAUGCAGUAGAGCGAAGUUACCACCAAGCAAGUUUUGGUUGUUUGAGCCUCGUUGUGGUUUGCAUGAUGUCGGAGGAUGGUAUGUUGAAACUUAUGGGAAAGAUAAAAAGAGCAGGACGGUCCUGGCACAAAGAUUCUGGGAUGGCCUGGAAGAGGGGAGUACACUGGAUGGGAGACUGCACCCAGGUAUCUACUUGCUUACACUAGCAUAUCGUACUCUUGAUCUUGAAGAUGAAAAGAGAAGGAAACGGUCAAUAUUGGAGAUCCUCGAGGCACGGUUAUCUAAAACAUUGGAUUGGUGUAAAGAAUUGGUUAGAAGAAAGGGCCUUGGAACUUAA